GUCCAAAGGAAUAAUAUGAAAGGAGAGAGUAUUUGCAGUGAUAUUGGCUGGUUUAUGGAACAAUGACAGUGUUUGUGUCCACAUGUUACUUGUGAACGGGGAAUACUGGAGAGAAGUGGCAUGUUGAUCUCAUCACUGACCUUGGUCAGUUGUGGUUAUUUCCAGAGAAGUUUGUGAAAAUUUGGACUGUUCCAGAUGGAUGGCAAAUGAUUGGUUCAUUAAACCUCAUUCGUUAAGAUCGUGGGGUAGUGUUGUGUUUCAUGUCUUAUCUGGCAAAGAAAUGACAAACCUUGAACAGAAUGCAUUCAUGCAGUUUGAGGAUUUGUGGACAAGACCAAAACUCCACUGAAAAUGAAUCCAUAUAAACAGAUAACGGAAUAUACGGACAGGAAUGGAACCAUUCAAACCACAUGUUCAACAAGGAUUAAUUUGAUCAUUGUUACAAUGAAGAAGAUUUGAUCAUUUUGUAUUAAGGCAGAUAGUUGUCAGAAUAAAUAAUGAUGAAGAAAGUUAAGAGACUGUCUUUGGCUCGAGCUGUCCAUUUUGCUGAACCAGAAGCGAUAUCCCCAAGAUCUGUAAGAUCAGAUCCAGUUCUGUCUGUGCGUCUGCCACCACUGCAGACGUCUGCCCAAGAUGUCUGUAACAGGUCUACAGACGGGAAACAGUUGGAAGAGCACUUCGGGGAGGACUUUUACGUGUCUGAUGAUGACGCCCACUGUGCUGCUUCCCCAUCUGAAGCACCCCUCAGUGCACUGGACCUUGUCCGCAAACAUUUCAGUCACAUCAAGUCAUUCCUGGAGAUGAAUUUUGACCAGGAAUCUGACGACGGUUUCAACAAGGCUGAGAAUGUCCGCCUUGAGGAGCAUAUCAAGCUGCAGCAUCUGGAGCAGUUGCUCCACGAGUUUGAGAUCCACGACCCCGAGGACAUCCUCAUCCAUGAGGAGACCGGCUACUUCCCUGCCAAGGUCUUCAAGAGGACCCCAGGGUGUAUGAACGUGGAAGAGUUCAAAAACACCAUAUCCAAGGUGCUGGAGACCAAUGAAUAUGAUGACUACUUGGAGAGGCUCUUCACCAAGCUCGACACGUCGUGUGACGGGUACGUGGACUGGGAUGAGUUCUGCACUUAUCUCCUGCUGCUGUACCGGGAGAACGACUACCUCCGCACCAAGAAGGAAAUCCCCUUCCUUGUGGAGCCCAAGAUCAGACAUGCCGUACACAACAGGCAAGAAACUACUACCAAGAUCAUAUCUGUUGAAAACCCUACCCGAUAUUUAACAAUAAGUAAGGAAGGGGGUAUGAGUGUGUGGAACUCCAACAUUUCGUAUGAGAGGAAUUAUGUCAUCGAGGACGACACCACAGAGACAAUAGGUCAGAAGCGUCGCUUCAAGAUGUGGAUCACAGAUGUCGUCUACAUGCCCAACUGUCAUAAGAUUGCCAUCGGAUCUACCAGUCGAGACAUCCGCUUCUAUGAUGUUUCCACCACCCAGUAUUUUGAAGAAUUCCAUUUGUUUGCAAUGACUGAUGUACCCUACUGCUUUGACUACUGGUAUGACCAGAAGAACCCCAACAAUCGGUCCCUGCUUGCCUUCGGUGUGGACUCCGGGGACAUCAACCUCCUCUACUUCAACAAACCCAUCACACAGCUGUUCGAGACCCCCUUCCAGAGUGAAGGGGGAGUUCAGAAGAUAUUCAUGCAGGACCUGCACCAGCACACCAAGUAUGUCCAGUUCUCUGUUCUGUCCAACAUCCACCCCGGGAUCAUCAGACAGGUCCGCUUCCUGCCAGACAGUGACUCCAUCAUCUCUUCCUGCGACAGUGACCGCAAGUCAGUGGUCAUCUCCGAUGUCCAGAGCCUGAAGCGGUCUUAUGUCUUCCGAGUAGAUAAGGGUGUUGAGUGUUUUGACUACAACAAGAACAUCAACAUCCUGGCAACUGGUAGCUCCGACCACUACAUCCGUCUGUGGAACCCGUACGUCACGAGUAAACCAAUCACAGUCCUUGUUGGUCAUGCUACUGGCGUCAUCGGUAUUGCUAUUCAUGAGGGUUUCCGACAAGUGUUCAGCUAUUCCAAGGAUGCGGUGAUAAAGGUGUGGGACAUCCGAGAACACACUUGUCUUCAAACGGUGCAACUCAAGUUCCCUAGCAGCAUCCACGGACGGAUGCCAGAACACGGUCAGUUCCCUCUCCACUUGCAGGGGGCGCCACACAGCGCAGUGCUCGUUACCAGCAACGACUACAUCGGCAUGCUGAAGCUUGGGCAGGUGGCAGCACCACAGAGCGUAAUGCCCACCACACAUGAUACACAGCUGUGUUGUGCCAUUUACAACCACUUCUUCAAACAGGUCGUAACCGGCUGUGACUCGUCCUGUAUCGCUGUCUGGGACAUUGAGAGUGGCAGGAAGUCUAUUGUGUUCUCCAAUGCCCAUGGAGACGAGGAGAUCACCUGCAUGGUCUUUGAUGAGACGUACAGGAGACUCAUGACCGGCGCCAGGAAUGGCACCAUCAAGGUCUGGAACUUCCAGAAUGGCCAUAACCUGCACAAGCUGGAGGCUGCAGCAGAGGCCGAGGUCACCGGGAUCCUGCCAGUCCGGGACAAGAAGAUGAUCCUGUCAGUGGGUUGGAGCAGACUGCUCACCAUCUACGACGACUCAGACCAGGACAACAUGUACAUCACUGCCAACCAAGACUGGAAAGGGGGACAACUCCACAAAGAUGACAUUCUCUCCAUCGACUUCUGCCCACCGAACUUUGUUGCAACAGCAGGAUUUGAUGGGGAAAUUAUUGUAUGGGAUUUGGAAACAGAAAAAAUGUUUAUAAGACUACGGAAAGGACAACAAACAAAUUUAAAUAGGAAAAUAGAAGAUUUAACAGCUUCUUUGAAAAAUGAACGACCUAAUUCUAGGCACAAGAAAAAGCAUCGAGUCCAGAAAGGUGAGCCGGUUCCAGUGGACAAGGUGAUGUUCCUGCGAGACCGGGCUGCCAUCAGGUUCACGGAGAGUGCCGUGGUGGUGUCCAGUGAAGGGGGGGUGCUUCAUUGGUGGAAUAUCUACACCCCGAAAUCAGAGCUAGGUUUCUUCAGUGCAACAGACAGUGUGGAUGACUCCGUGUUAGCCAUGUGUUCAAAACCAAGGAACACAGCCGUGAUUACAGGGGAUACAGCCGGGAAUAUCAAGGUGUGGGACACCUCGGACUACUGUGUCAAGCCAGACCCGAGACAUCGAGUCAGGACACGGCCGCCCCUGGAAGCAGCAUUCAAGGCCCAUGAUGCAGCAGUGGUCAGUGUGGAGUACCUGGAACACGAUAGCCGGGGCUUCAUCCUCAGUGCCUCCACUGACAAGACUGCCCGCCUCUGGACAAUGGAGGGCUACUACGUAGGGACCUUCGGUCAGAAAUUCCCAUGGGAUCUGAACGAUGCCUCCACAUGGGCCCACCCGAAGACACCUUUCAACAUGGAUGAUGAAGAGAAAGAUGAAUCCAACACUGAGGGGACGGAGGCCCCCAAGAAAACCUCAACGACCUCUACGCCUCGGGAGGACAGUGAUGUGGAGGAAGAACUGGAGAGAGGAGAGGACAAAGAGGAGACAACUGCUGAGGAGGAACAGCAAGAUGAGACUGACAAGCCUGAAUCAAAGACCAAACUAGAAGCACGGCCUAUGUCUGUAGUUGUCCGUCCUGCCAAGUCUGUCAGCAGUGAAUUCCCCCGAGAUGCCAAGUUGAAGUAUCGGUCACAGACAUUCGCGUUCGGGUUUGAGAGAACAGACCCUUCUAAGACAUUCCUUGGGGUGAAGGUAGAGAAGGAGUUUGCCCGUAAGAAGCUAGACCGCCAGGAGCGCCGGACUGUGUUCGGCGAGAUCAACCGAGGCACGACGUCCAGAUUUGGCAAGCUGUGUUCUCCAUACCAGGCACUGACCACCACGGACUUCAAGGACGUCCAGCUUCCAGAUAAACUGCCGGUCAGUGAUCGACUCAAGAGUCUUGGUUUUACCGGCAUCAAGCCCACUGAGAGUGAUAUCACCGCAUUAAACUUCUCGUAUGAAGUUCCGGACUCGCCCCCUAGUGGGGAGGACACUUCCUUCUCACGGGGGAACCUCACCAGUAAAGGAUCUGACAGUUCUACUAAACUGCCGCCUAUCAAAUCUGGGCGGUGGUCAAAGUUCCCGGAUAAAUUGGGUGGCUCGAAAAAGUCAUCAACUGUUGCAUAAUGGAUCCAGAAUCUCCAGUAUGUGAGGAAGAUUAUGCUACUAUAUCUAAGCAGUUUUGUGGAAGAUAUUAUCACAACAUAUGCUUUUCAAUACAACACCGAACAGGGAGAUGGCAAUUCCAGUAAAUUACUGGAAGUCUUUAUUUUCUGCUUGUUUUGGAAACGGAAUUAAAUCAACUCUCCAUGAUCAGAUUCACUAGGUUUUCAUCAACAAAGUUUCAACAGGAUAUCCAUCAAUAACAAGAUCCUGAAUGUUACACCUGCAGAUAGAUAAAAGCAGACAUAAUCUAUAGUUUCAACAGGAUAUCCAUCAAUAACAAGAUCCUGAAUGUUACACCUGCAGGUAGAUAAAAGCAGACAUAAUCUAUAGUUUCAACAGGAUAUCAAUUAAUAACAAGAUCCUGAAUGAUUUCACGGCAUGUUUUGCCAAACUCUGAAAGGACUGCUUUGCAAAGUGCUAAUAAAUAAAGGCAUCACUUAAAUAUUGAAUGUAUGAUUUAAAUGGUGGAUAAAAAUGAACUAUAAGCUUUUUAACAACUUGAAAUCCCAUUCAGAAUAUAAAAAUGUAAUUUAACUAACCAUUGCAGAAGAUCACUGAAACAACAUCUUGAAAUUUCAAGUUGUUUGUAUAUCAUUUUCAAGCAUGACUAGGUUCAUAAUGUAGUGCAAAUUCUUUAAUUUGACCUCUGUCAACAUUUGUUUAACAACAAUAGCUGAAUUACAUGGUAUAAGUGAAUUGACAACUCAAAAAGGAAAGAUUAUUUUUCCAGGGAUGAAAUGGAAUUCUGCAUUAUUUAUCAAUGAACAAUCUGUGCCUGUUCGUUGCACAGAAUGUAUUAUAAUAUUUUCAGUAUUUAAGACUUUUUCUGGAAACUAGCUUCUACUGUUUCAUAGUCCUUGAAGUUGUUGUAGGAGAAUAGUACAUAAAAAUGUGCUUACCACUGCAUGAGUAAGUGAAAGAGUGCUUGUUUAUCUUGUGUUGUGUUCUGGGUCUGUUCCAUAUUAUGGACAGGUUAACAUCCAUCAACACUUUCACGACACUACACACUGUAAAUUGAGAUAAUGGCUGAUUGUCCCGCCUUGACCUUGAAGCACACUGUUCUCUGUCUGCACCAGCGAUGUCUGAACUGUCUACCUCUACAACACAUGUGAUGUCUGUGAAUGUUUUGUCAAUAUUUUUUUAAUCCGUCCAAUUAUGUGAGUUUGAUUUAACGCCUCCUUGAACAGUAUUCCAGUUAUAACACAGUGUGUCAGCUUGAUGUUGGAGGAAAGCCUGAAGUGAAGCACUUCCACUACCACUUUAGUGAAACAGUGCUGACAUACCUAGAAACAUAAUCAGGGCGAACCAGAAUUUCGAAUCCUGUUACACCAAAGGGAUGCAACUCUUCACAGUGUAAGCUUCACAUAGCCAUAUCUCAGCAUGAUUGUUGUUGACAUUUACAAACAUUUACAAACAUUUCCUAAGUUUCCUGUACUUCUGCUUGCUUGAGAUUUUGUUCAAAGUAUUGAAUCACUUUGUGUACAUUGACAUUGACCUUUUUCUCUUUUUUUACCUUGACCCAGGUCAUUCUGCUCAAUUCUUUAAAAAUACAUUUUUUUACUGUAAAUAGACCUAAAAGUAGUUGUGAAUAUUCCUAAUCACAUGUUUAAAAAUUGUAUUUAAUGUUCUUUAUGAAAAUUAUUUAUUUGUGGUACGUGCUGUGGAAGUAUAUCAACAGUAAAUACUGCUGAAUAUGAAUAUUUAGAAGAAACACAUGGAUAGGAGUUAUAGGAAUAUAUACAUACAUGUUCUAUUAUACAAAGGUGUACAGAACUCAUGGCUAACACAGACCUGUGAUAUCCCUGGAAGUAUAUCGAACAGUAAAUACUGCUCAAUAUGAAUAUUUAGAAGAAACACAUGGAUAGGAGUUAUAGGAAUAUAUACAUACAUGUUCUAUUAUACAAAGAUGUACAGAACUCAUGGCUAACACAGACCUGUGAUAUCCCUGGAAGUAUAUCGAACAGUAAAUACUGCUCAAUAUGAAUAUUUAGAAGAAACACAUGGAUAGGAGUUAUAGGAAUAUAUACAUACAUGUUCUAUUAUACAAAGAUGUACAGAACUCAUGGCUAACACAGACCUAUGAUAUCCCUGGAAGUAUAUCGAACAGUAAAUACUGCUCAAUAUGAAUAUUUAGAAGAAACACAUGGAUAGGAGUUAUAGGAAUAUAUACAUACAUGUUCUAUUAUACAAAGAUGUACAGAACUCAUGGCUAACACAGACCUAUGAUAUCCCUGGAAGUAUAUCGAACAGUAAAUACUGCUCAAUAUGAAUAUUUAGAAGAAACACAUGGAUAGGAGUUAUAGGAAUAUAUACAUACAUGUUCUAUUAUACAAAGAUGUACAGAACUCAUGGCUAACACAGACCUAUGAUAUCCCUGGAAGUAUAUCGAACAGUAAAUACUGCUCAAUAUGAAUAUUUAGAAGAAACACAUGGAUAGGAGUUAUAGGAAUAUAUACAUACAUGUUCUAUUAUACAAAGAUGUACAGAACUCAUGGCUAACACAGACCUGUGAUAUCCCUGGAAGUAUAUCAACAGUAAAUACUGCUCAAUAUGAAUAUUUAGAAGAAACACAUGGAUAGGAGUUAUAGGAAUAUAUACAUACAUGUUCUAUUAUACAAAGAUGUACAGAACUCAUGGCUAACACAGACCUGUGAUAUCCCUGGAAGUAUAUCAACAGUAAAUACUGCUCAAUAUGAAUAUUUAGAAGAAACACAUGGAUAGGAGUUAUAGGAAUAUAUACAUACAUGUUCUAUUAUACAAAGAUGUACAGAACUCAUGGCUAACACAGACCUGUGAUAUCCCUGGAAGUAUAUCAACAGUAAAUACUGCUCAAUAUGAAUAUUUAGAAGAAACACAUGGAUAGGAGUUAUAGGAAUAUAUACAUACAUGUUCUAUUAUACAAAGAUGUACAGAACUCAUGGCUAACACAGACCUGUGAUAUCCCUGGAAGUAUAUCGAACAGUAAAUACUGCUCAAUAUGAAUAUUUAGAAGAAACACAUGGAUAGGAGUUAUAGGAAUAUAUACAUACAUGUUCUAUUAUACAAAGAUGUACAGAACUCAUGGCUAACACAGACCUGUGAUAUUCUCACAAUGUACAUAACAGCAGUUGCCAUGUGAGUCAUACCCAUGUCCAGAACAGGAAACAAGGAAGACAUGCUUGAAUGUACUUCCACACAUUAUUAAAUGUUAUUGAAAUAGAAUUUAUUUUACUUACCUAUGUGAAGGUCACACUAAAUUAAUCACCUGAUCAUCAAAUUUCCAAAACCCUUGAUUGAGAUAUUUUAGAGAUUGAUAUGGUUCAUUGGUCCAGGGAUUGCUCUUCAUUGAAGACCGACACAAAUCUAAGCUGAGCCAUGGCUGUGCCUCUACUCCAAGGUGUACAAAGUCAUGAUAAACAACAACUUUAAUAUCUGUAUUCAUUUUCAUUGCUGCAUCAGACAUAUAAUAUAAAAAGUGGUAAAUACUAUAUUUAGAAAUUGACUUCAAUAAUCUUUGAGUUUAUGGGGGUAAUAACAUAAAACUUUUGUGCAAACUGUGUAAUUCAGCACGGCAGAUUUAUGCAAAGUGUCUGUACCGUUUUUUACGUUUGUACUUCCAUAAAUGCAAAUAUAUAUUGAAUUCGUUUCUUAUUGAUAAAUAUAUGGACAGUAAUAACUUUACAGACUGUUUUUUUGUCAGUAACACAAACAAUCUGUAGACAAUAAUACAAAAAGUAAGCAAGUCUGGAAACUGUUGUCCCUUAGAGGGUGUGGCAAAAUCGGUGGGUGGGGUGGGGGUGGGUGUUAUUGUAAUAAUAAUUGAUUGCUUAACCAAUCAUUUCAUAAGGAAUCAUGUGUAAUGUAUUCAUGAAGUGGUAACUGGUAUAUUCUAUCUUUAUUCUAUAAUAUGCAGCUAUAUUUAAAAAGUUCAAACAGAAAGUCAUACAAGCUGUGUAAUAUUUAGUAUUCACUGGACUCAAUCUCAUUAAAAUCAGAUCUAGGUUGUCGCUGCUGCUAAACAAAGAUAGGGAGAACUAAGAUCUGAUUUUAAUGAGAUUGCACUGGACUAGUAAUCACUACAUGCUAGGCACAACAUGAUUAGUUUAUUAUAAUAAAUGUAAAGAAAUUUUAGCCAACAAUCAAACUGCAACAGAAAAAAAUAAUUUGUAGUUGUAGUAGUUUAUUCAAUAAUGUCAUUGUCAUGUAUAACCUGGGCCUAUGGCCUAUAUUAGUUUUUUGAAUAAGCCACUACUACACCUGAAAGAGAAAUGUUUCCAUAGUAUUAUGAAAGAGAGAAUUUUAAAGUAUUUGAAACUAAUAUGGUAUAGACCAUCAGACUUUUAGAUUUAGAUUGUCAAUUUAUUUUGAUUACAGAGUUUAAUUGUGACAAGGAUGCAGUCAAGGUGAUGCAGAAAGACCCAGCACCAGUACUGAUGGUCCCCCUUUUACAAGUGAUGUAUGGGGGUGUGCAGAUCUGACAAUUAAAAUUACUAAAAAAUACUUUGGCCAUAUCCUGACAAUAUUUCAUCAAUUUCAGUCUUAAUAUAAGUACAAGGGUUUUAAGGUUUACUGUAUAUAACAUUAUGAAUUAUACUAGAUCAUGUUACCAUUUUUGUUAAGUUUGUAUUUUUAUACACUUUAAAUCCAUAUAUUUUAAAUGUGUGCUUUUUUGUAUAUGCAAAUUAUAUCAUAACAAUA